ACAAGGACGCCUUAGCCUGCGCAGCAAUUAGCCGGGGCUGGAGGCGCCGGCGUAGGCUGCGGCUGCGGCUGCGGCGAGGAAGGGACCCGGGGCAGCCCCCGAGCUCCGCGCAGAGGCAUCGCGCUCUCCUCUCCGCGCUCCCCUGCUCUCCCCCCUCUCGGCCCCCACCCGCCUCCCUCUCCCUGGCGUUCUCAGCAGCCGAGGGUUUCAGAUGUCCCACCGCCGUUUGACCCCCUCCCCCCGCUUCUCCACCCCUGCAAAUGAGGUUUGACCAGCAGAGGCAGAGCCCACCUCUGGCUUAGAAUCACUGACAUUUAGACUCCAGGCUUCAACCUGUUUACAAGCUGGCUUUCCAAAGGAAGGGGGGGAGGGAAAUAGGGCCAAACAAAACACCAACCGCCGUCCCCCCCAAACAAGAAGUGACUUUCUGGAGGCUUCAAAUCAACAGGCACCACCAAAAAGAGAAAGCAAGAGGGGGAAGAAAACAACGGCGACAGGGCAGCUGCCUCCAGUUCUGACAACUCCAAAGGGACGCACUUUUAGAACCGGCUAGCAGGCUGGGGCUCUGCGGAGAGCGACCAGAAGGUGCCAACCGCAGAGGGGCGCAGGCAUCUCCCCCAGCCUCCCAGCCCGAUCCCUUUGGGUUUUGUUCACCGUGCUGUCAUCUGUUUUUCAGACCUUUUUUUGCAUCUAACAUGGUGAAGAAAGGAGUGAAGAAGAGAACAAAGUAACUAACUCCUGGGGGAGUGAAGAUCUCUGGUGACCAAUACCACCACCGCCACCACCAGCUCCCGCUGCUGCGGCCACCCACGUCCACCGUUCACCGGGACACUCGAGAGGCGCACGGCAGCGGAUCCGAGAAAGGAGCGAGGAGAGGCAGCCGGCCCUUCUGAGGAGUUAUGGAUGUUGGGGCAUUCACUUCUGGCCAGAUCCGCGCCCAGAGUGAGCUAACCAGCGGCCGCCACUUCCAGCUGUCUCUUUGCCUCGCACCAGGUCUUACCCUUCCAGUAUGUUCCUUCUGAUGAGACAAUUUCCAGUGCCGAGAGUUUCAGUACAAUGUGGAAAUGGAUACUGACACAUUGUGCCUCAGCCUUUCCCCACCUGCCCGGCUGCUGCUGCUGCUUCUUGUUGCUGUUCUUGGUGUCUUCCGUCUCUGUCACCUGCCAAGCCCUUGGUCAGGACAUGGUGUCACCAGAGGCCACCAACUCCUCUUCUUCUUCUUCUUCCUCCUCCUCCUCGUCCUCCUCCUCCUUCUCCUCUCCUUCCAGCGCGGGGAGGCAUGUGCGGAGCUACAAUCACCUCCAAGGAGAUGUCCGCUGGAGAAAGCUUUUCUCUUUCACCAAAUACUUUCUCAAGAUUGAAAAGAACGGGAAGGUCAGCGGUACCAAGAAGGAAAACUGCCCGUACAGUAUCCUGGAAAUAACUUCAGUGGAAAUAGGAGUUGUUGCCGUCAAAGCCAUUAACAGCAACUAUUAUUUAGCCAUGAACAAGAAGGGCAAACUCUAUGGCUCAAAAGAAUUUAACAAUGACUGUAAGCUGAAGGAAAGGAUAGAGGAAAACGGAUACAAUACCUAUGCAUCCUUUAACUGGCAGCACAACGGGAGGCAAAUGUAUGUGGCAUUGAAUGGAAAAGGAGCUCCCAGGAGAGGACAGAAAACACGAAGGAAAAACACCUCAGCUCAUUUUCUUCCAAUGGUGGUCCACUCGUAGAGGAAGGCAGUGUCGGUGGCUGCGAUAGAACCAAAGGCUCUUGUGCCAGGAAUAGUUGGUAUUCUUCAUGAAGACAGUAGCUCAAUGGCACAGAUACGUUGCAGAUGUCUGCUUGCUUGAAAGAAAGGAAGUCUUUGAAGGUUUUUGUGCUCACUGCUGACAUAUGAUGUUCUUUUCAUUAGUUCUGUGUCAUGCCUUAUAAUUGAGAUGUAGGCAGAUCAAAUGAGAUGGAAGUUAUUCCUAAGCAAACAACACUGUGGCUGGGUUUUGGUUAAGUUUUUGGUUUAUGUUUUUGUUUUGCAGCCUCUGAGAUAGAACUUAAAGAACACAGAACAAUCUGUUGAAUGAUUUUUGGGAAAGUUAUUUAUGGCAUACGAACUCAUAUCAAAGACUUUCAUUGCUCAUUCAAGCCUAAUGAUUCAAUGAGCAGUAAGACACGCGAGCAUUUACUGGAAAGCACUUGGGUCAUAUCACAUGCACAACCAAAGGAGCUUUGGGCGUGGCAUCAUGGAAGAAUUGGAUAGGAUUAAAAAAUGUAAACAUGUUAGUGUGAAACUGUUCUAACAAAACAAAUACUAUGGUAUGCUUGUGCAUUCUGCCUUCAUCCCUUUCUAUUUCUUUCUAAGUUAUUUAUUUAAUAGGAUGUUAAAUAUCUUUUGGGGUUUUAAAGAGUAUCCUCAGCAGCUACCCUCUGAUUUACCUUUUCUUUUUCUUCAGCACACUACACGCAUGUUCAUGACAAAGUGUUUUUAAAACUUGGCAAACACUUCAUGAAUGGGAGAUGAGAUUAGGAAAGCAGUGCGAGUGCCCCACAUGCUAGCCUUUGACUUAACUUGCACUUCUUCUGUAAGAAUCGACAACAAUAAAUAUGACAGUGCUGUGGCAUGUCUUGAGUGAGAGAUGUCUGCCAUCAUUUAAAAACAUACACCACUCCUAAGGCCUCCUUUCCUAAGAAAUAGACCAGAAGGCCAAAUUCUUCUCUUUCAAUACAUCAAUGGGUCUCCAAGAAUAUAUUAAAAGAAAGAAAAAUAGUUGUUAAAUACAUUUUAGUAGCGUAGCCUCAUUAUUAACUAACAAUUUUUUGCCAUAUGUCACAGUGGUAAGUGUUUAAGAGGCUGUCUGCAUAUAUAAGAACCCUUUCUAAGUCUCACAUAGUGCAUCUCCCCCAAAGGAACUAUCAAGGAAUUUGGUAUGAAGUGCAACUCUCCCAGGGGCUUAAACUGAGCAAAUAUAUUCUGGUAUAUGUGUAACCAUAUACUGAAACCUGUUCAAGCUGUAUGAUCUAGUCUUUACAAAACCAAAUAAAACUUAUUUUCUGUAAAUUUAAAGAGCUUUGGAAGGUUCCAUAAUGUAGCCCUAUGGAAAUUCAUUUUGUUAGAGCAGGUAUAGAAAACAGUACAUAAGAGUGUACCAGUCAUCAUCACAUUGUAUUCCACUAAAUAAGUACAUAAGCCUUAUUUGCAGUGUCUGUAGUGAUAAAAAAAAAAUGUAGAAAAAUACUGUUUGUUCUAAAUACUUUAAGUGAUUAACUAUAAGAUUAUAUUGAUGCUGAAGUUUUAUCUUCAUAUUUCUUGUUUUGAAAAGGUCAGUUUAUUUUUAUUGUUUGGACAGUAUUUUGGUACAAGGGAAAGACUCACUAAACGCAUCUUUUUACUAAAGUUUAACCUCUAGACAGGCUGGUGUUUUGUGAUCCUCUCUUAUAACUUAAUUGUGUCAAUGCUUAACCAGCUCUUCCAGUUAAUCUGUUAUUUAAGAAUUAGCUUUAUCAAGAAACUUUCCCAUAAAGUAACCCCAUAAAAGUUCAUAUUUUUCUCAUUCCUUAACAAAGGUAUGACAUUUCAAAAGAAAUGUGUUUGAGGCAGAGUGUUUCGGCUUAUGGCUAGUUUCAUGGUACGUGGCUUCCAACUUGCUUUUUGACGAAUAAGAUUCUAAAAAUGUUUCAUUUUUGUGGUUGGAAUUUGUAUGUUAAAAUUUAAUUGGUAACUGAGUCUGAGUGCUACAAUGCAAUGCAUUCCUAUCAGAACUAGAUUAUCUUUGUUCUUUUAUUUUAAAAUAAUAAUUACACCUGACACAUGAACAUGGACCACCCACAACCAAAAUGAAAUGUUUGGUGAAACAAAUACAGUAUUAGAUGACCACGGUAACAGCUAAUAGGGCACAAACUGGAUUCGUGUUUCACAUAGCCAUUUAGAUUACCAAAGAGACUAUGUGUAAACAGUCAUCAUUGUAGCACUCAAAACACUAAAACAGCUUCUAGCAAAAUGUAUCAGAGCUUGCAGAAACCAAAAAUAGAAAACAUCUCCCUCACCCUGCACCCCAACCACCGUCCCCCCAACACACACAAGAACAGAGAUAAAGACAGAAACAGUGUGGUAGGGAGUAAAGAGAUUCUCCUGCAUUUAAAAAUGACGUCUUUGCUGGAUAUCGAGAUAGAAUUCUGGUCGCCUUUGCAGCUGGACUGUGCUACUGAAGGAAAAGCAGUUCCAGUUCUGAAAGUUGUAUGUUAAAAAAAAUCAACACAAUUUGGGGAGCUCUGCCUGUGUGGGAAGUGUGGGCCCUGGCCACGGUGUCAAGGUGUGUCAGCCACAACUGGGUGUCCAUCUGAGUGUUGGUUCCAAGGAGACUCCUCGUAAAGAUAGGGAAUCCCUGCCUCCUACCUCCCGAAAGGCUGAACAGUGUAUAGUAUGUUACAUUUAAAUAAAUCAAUAAAAAUGCUGCAA